GUCAACCAGCUGACAAAAAGUACAACAGGCCUAAAAUACCGGCAAAUUGCUAUAUCGAUCGCAAACAAGCUGUCAUCUACGAGAAAACUGUGUUCUGCAAUGGUCCGAAUGAUAUUUUGUGUUUUUCUUUCCCUUUUAUUCUUUUCAGCGCUGCACGGAUUGGAAAAUGACGACCACGAUGUUGAAGUAGAACACGGACAUUCUCACGAGGAGGGACAUAAACAUCACUCUCAUGGACAUAGCCAUGAUCAUGGCCACGGCCACAGCCACAGCCAUGAUCAUCACGGCCACAGCCAUGGUUCACACGACCACAGCCAUGAUUCCCACGGCCACGGCCACGGCCACGGCCAUGAUCAUCACAGCCACAACCAUGAUCAUUAUGAAAAGCAGAAGUACAUUCAUCAUGGAACAAGCUCUUCUUCUAAGCUACCAUCCCGCGAUGGAAACUUGACAACUAAAUGGCUUCAAGCAAUUGGCGCAACUUUACUUAUCAGCGCGGCACCCUUCUUCAUCUUGUUCUUUAUUCCACUUCAAAGCAACUCGGCCGAACAACAACCGCUGUUGAAGAUCCUUCUAGCCUUCGCUUCAGGAGGCCUUCUUGGAGAUGCGUUUCUUCAUCUGAUCCCCCAUGCGAUUUCUCCGCAUUCGCACGGAAGCGGUGAUGGCCACGAGCAUUCUCACUCUCAUCAACACAGCCACGACGGCGAGCAUCAUCAUGACCACUCUUCAGAAAUGGCUGUCGGUCUCUGGGUUUUAGCUGGUUUGAUUGCCUUUUUGAUGGUCGAGAAAUUUGUUCGGCUUGUAAAGGGAGGGCAUGGCCAUUCACAUAGUGCCCCGAAAAUUGUAGCCAAAAACGGUGAUGUGUCUCCGAAGAACGGACAUGAACAUGACGAUUCCAUAUCGGGAGAGACUGAUCAAGAAAUACGGAAGAGAAAAAAGACAGACGAGGCAACAGAGAAGGACAGUAACUCAGACAGUGCGUCAGAACCACAUGAUCAUGAAGAGGAUAUCAAAGUGGCAGGCUACCUUAAUCUUGCAGCUGAUUUCACUCAUAACUUUACUGAUGGACUAGCCAUUGGUGCCUCUUUCCUUGUGAGCCGUAAUCUCGGCAUAAUAACCACUCUUACAAUUCUUCUUCAUGAAGUUCCUCAUGAGAUUGGUGAUUUUGCUAUCCUGGUACAAUCAGGAUGCAACAAGAGAAAGGCAAUGUUUCUUCAACUGACAACAGCCACAGGAGCAUUGGCCGGUACGUUCUGUGGCUUGCUAGCAGAAAAUAUAGGUGAAUCAGCAACACUGUGGAUCCUGCCCUUCACAGCUGGUGGUUUUAUUUACAUCGCAACAGUGUCUGUUAUUCCUGAAUUGCUAGAAGACACUAAAUUAGGACAAUCCAUCAAAGAAAUUCUGGGGAUGUUGGUGGGGGUUUUAAUGAUGGUGCUUAUUGCUAAAUUUGAGUAAUUCUUUAUAGAAUAUUUUAAGUUCUCAUAAGAGAUUAAAGAUAAAUCCAUUACUGCAAGUCUUCUUUAAAGUAAGUUGAGAUGGUGCCUUUGGAGUUUAAGUAUAUGAUUGCUGACUUACAGAACACAAAAUAGUACAAUCUGACGUCAGCAAAUAUAAAUUAAGUAGUAAAUAUUUACUAUCUAAUGGUUUAAAUUCACCCCCUGAAAAGUGACAGUUUUUUUUUUCUUUUCUUUUUUUUUUUUAACCCAGAAAAUAAUUUCAAAGGGUUUUACUGUUUGCAAUGUGGGUAGAAUAUUAGUGUGCAGAAAAGACCAAUUUUUUUGCAUUUUUCAGUUGAAGAGAGGUGAGCACAAAGUGUCAGCCAUCUGAAUAACACAAAAAAAAAUUACACUUGUUCUGUGGGCUAGUAAAACGGUGGCAUCAAACAUUGGCCCAGUAUGGGCUUCCAAUUGAUUCCAAAGAUCUAAAGGACUUUGGAAAAUUCUGAAAUGUCAUAAGAUUAGUGCAAGAAAAGAAAAAUUGAAUUUAAGACUAAUUCCAUUUUUUCAGGUGACAACAUCAAUCACGUUUUUAAAAAUUAUUCCAAUUCCAAAUCAUUUUCCCCAUGUGAUGAAGUCCCUUUAGCUUGGUUCUCUAGCGGGCUGCAAAAGUGUUUAGGAUUUUUGAUGCAAGCUUUAAAACAGUUUAAUUCACUAAUGUCUCGUGCUGUUUGAAGAAAGAAAUAAUUUGAAGUUCAGAAUAACUAAGUUUGA